AUGAUAUCAGUUGCCUUGCUUGCAUUAAGUUGCAUACUUAUGGCUAUAUACACAGCCGAUUUAGCAUCGUUUCUUACAGUGCGACGUACUAAUCCACCUAUUUCCGGCAUUGAUGAUAUCAAAAAUGGCCGUUUACCUUUCCAUCGUGUCGGAAUUGUGAAAAAUACAUCUAUUAUCGACUAUUAUAUCCAGAAUGUGUCAGAUGUUUAUUAUCGUCUUGAAAAUCCACAAGAUAUUUAUUUGGCUCUGAUCGAAAAUCGCAUCGAUGCCGCACUAUUUGAGGGUGCAGCGCUUCAAUAUGUAAUCGAUCGAAACUAUUGUGGUCGUUUGUCGUUAGUUGGUGUCGGGUUUGCUAAAUCAUGGUUUGGUAUUGCCAUGAAAAAAGAUUGGGAAUACAAAGCCGAUUUUGAUAUGAAUAUAUUGUCAGUACGUGAAGAAGCAUCUUGUAAAAAAGAUACAUCAUCAAAUACAACACAAUCAAGCAUUACAGUGUAUUACGGAUAUAAGAAGCCACCAGUCUUACCAGAAAACCUUAAAAAAGAAAUAACUGAUGCUUAUGUUGAUUUUGUAGUAUUAGAUAGUCGUCCAUUCGAAAUCGCAUCUGGUACUAGAUUCAAACACUUUCUUCAAGUGGUUUAUGAUGCAGGAAAAUCAUCAUCAAGUUUGCAAUCAAUUAAUAUUUCUGAUUAUUUACCACAUCCUACGACAGUCAGUGUACAAGUUAUGACUUUAAAUUGGUGCAAAACACUUGAUAGCUAUACAGUUAUUGUGGACAUGUGGACCGAAGAAUAUAGUGGCAUACAUUUUUGUGGUGUAACUAUUCGUGCAACUGAUUCUGAUUUUUAUUUACAUAGUUUUUGUCUUUGUUGUAAACCAUAUACACCAGAAAAUCAAACAGCUCCAAAUAUUCGAAAGUUUAUCGAUGAAAUAUUAUCGGAAUAUGGUCUUUCUCUAAAUACAAACUCAUUCAUUAUCACAGAUAAUGAACCUAAGAUUAUUGCUGCUCUACGUGGUACUAAUCGUGUAGGUUGCAGCGAUCAUUAUAUAAAUAAAAUAUUGGAACAUUCUUUCACAUUAUCAAAAAGUGGUUGUGUUGAAGUAAUUCAAACAUUUGAUGUUAUUAAAAGUCUUGUAGCAAGUUUUCGUCGAAGUCAUCGACAAUCUAUUGAGAAAGAUUUGUUAUCUCAUAUUGGUGAUUUUCUUAAAGUAUUUGAUGACAUGAUUAGAACUUUAAAUGAUGAAACUCAACCAACACUUCACAAAGUUGUACCAUUACGUAUGGUUUUGAUUAAUCAUUGUUCACCAAAAGCAGAUGAUGCAUUAAGUAUUAUGAUAUUAAAAAAAAUUUUAAAUCAAGCUAUUCAAUUAUUAAAAUCAGCUGUUGUUUCUUCUAACAAUUCAUUUCAUAUUAAUUCAUCAACUUGUGAUUCAUCUGAAUCAUCAGGUAUUGAUAAAUCAAUUACAUGUACAAAAUCAAAUAUUUUAUCUUCGUGCUUUGAUAAACCACUAUCUGAUGAAAAUUUAAAUCCACUCAAGUAUAUGUUUGAUUUAAAAAAUGAUUCAACAACAAAUAUGUCAAAAAGAAAACCUAAUGAUGCAUUUGAAGAUGAUGAUGAUUGUUCUGAUAUUCUGAAGAAAAUUAAAGCUGAUGAAGAAGAUGAAUAUGACUUAUCAAGUGAUAAUCAUGAAAGUGAAGAAGAAUAUUUAGAAGCAGAUAUAGUGUUGUACUUUAUAUUAUUUCAUUAUUGUUGUUUUUCUUACAUUUUUUUCGUUGAUUUUAAUUCAGAUUUAAUUUUGAAUAUGAACUUUAUAGAAAAAUAUAUGUUUUAA